CCAUUAUUUUGUCUCUGCUUUCUAACAAAAGGAGGAGCUUUGUUGCCAUUGAGUGGGGAUCCACAAAAAUUAAUCUUGCUGGGGAGGGGAGCAGCUAGAGAGGUCGAUCGGACUCAUGAUUUCCAGGUUGUUGCUGAUUCUUGAGCUGCUGCUGUUAUGCUUGGCAGCACCAUUCGGUGCAUACAUGUCGGAGGCGAAGAACUCAUCAUUUCCACUGACCUGUACAAAUGUUCCCUAUCCCUUCGGCCAAUCCGGUAAAGCUAUGAAAGGCUUUGAAAUAAGCUGCAAUGGCACUUCUCCAAUUCUACAGCUGGGCAAACAUACUUACGGGGUUAAAGACAUCUCGCUGCUGCAAGGCAAUGUGAGCAUCCAUGCUGGUACCAUUUUUCAGAGCUGCGAUCGGAAUCUCGAACCAGGACCUGGCUGGAUCGACCUGGAGGGAACCCCCUACACGAUAGCCAACACAGAGAGCUCGAAGAACAUGCUGACAAUAGUCGGUUGUAACGAUGUGGUGAUUGUCCAAGAGCUUUUUAGGAGUAACUCAUCAACAAGCGCUUGUGCAUCCUUCUGCUACUCCGUUGACGAUGUUAUCAAUGGAUCUUGCUCUGGCUUGGGCUGUCGUCGAUCCUCCAUACCUAAAGGUCUCAAGAGCUUCAUGGUGGAGAUCGCACUUCUUCAUAACUUCACGGACAUAUUCGACAAUGCGACCAAAAUUUCACAGGCGUGCAGCCAGGCCUUCUUUGUUCAUCAAAACACCUUCACAUUCUCAAGUGAGAUGCUGCAAAAUGUUGAAGGGGACAAUCAAGUUUCUCAAGAUCUUUAUCCGAUGACGUCGGACUGGGCUAUUGGGAAUGCAAAAUGUAAGGAAGCAAAAAGGAACAUGAAAAACUAUGCUUGCAAGAAGAAUAGCUACUGCUACAAUUCAAACAGUGGAGUUGGGUAUCGCUGCAAUUGCACCCAAGGAUACUAUGGAAAUCCUUACAUUGGAUGCAAAGAUAUUAAUGAGUGCGAGGAUCCAAAGCACAAUCCUUGUGUAGGAUUAUGCAUCAACGAUCCAGGAAGUGUUUCUUGCACUUGUCCCCCGAGCCAACAUGGUGACGGUAGAAAGCAAGGAAGUGGCUGCACGAGUAAGGCGCCAACAGUUUCACCAAGACAAAAGAAUAUGAUUCCAUUGGAGCUUGCUUUGGGUAAUAUUUUCAAAUUUGCUUAUUAG